AGUGAGCGUUCGCUUCCCCCGGCCGCAUUUCGAGCAGCGCACCCGGAAGGCCAGGCCUGCGGGGCAAGAUGGAGUUCCUGCAGGUCCUCAGGCGAGGACUGCAGCAGGUCAGCGGCCACAACGGCCUCCGAGGCUGGCUGCGAAUGCUCUUCAGGGCAAAUGAUGUGAGGGUUGGUACAUUAGUGGGGGAAGACAAAUAUGGAAACAAGUACUAUGAAGACAACAAGCAGUUUUUUGGCCGUCACCGAUGGGUUAUAUAUACUACUGAAAUGAAUGGCAGAAAUACAUUGGGGGAUGUGGAUGGAAGCAUGGUGCCCCCUGAAUGGCACCGUUGGCUUCACUGUAUGACUGAUGAUCCUCCAACAACAAAACCACCUACUGCUCGUAAAUUCAUUUGGACAAACCAUAAAUUCAACCUGAGUGGCACUUCAGAGCAAUAUGUACCUUAUUCCACCACUAGAAAGAAGAUUCAGGAGUGGGUCCCACCUUCAACACCUUACAAGUAAAGACAGUGAAUAAUUUAAACAUGUAAAAUAUGAGGCUUUUCAUGUCAUUGCACUUUUGCUGCUUACUGUUAAUUAAAAUUAUUUGAUUAAACAA